GUUUAUAGGAAGGUAACACCUUUACAAGUAAGGUUCGGUAACCUUCCAGAGCUCGCAAAUCGCGGAAAAUGAAAAAGCUUGCAUCAGUUUCUGGUUUUUUAGCCCUUCUCUUCUUAUCAUGCUGUGCAGAAGACGAAGAGAGUGGAUGUCUUUACGUAUCCCAUCUCAGCGGUGAAGACUCGCCUCAGUGUGGUUCUUAUGCUGCGCCCUGCCGGACAUUAAAACGAGCGUUACUCCUGGUUAAAGAUAGCGGCGAAAUUUGCCUCAACGGAGCGAACAGUGAGUCAAAUCCAUACGAAUGUUUGAAAAUGGAUGGUCCUAAUGGAACUCAAUUGAUACCUAUAGGGAAAAGUGUAUCGAUAAAAGGUGUGUCCUCCCCAGCAUACAUUUCAUGUGGUUUGGUAUUUACAUCAAGGUUCAAUUAUGGUUUCGUCAAAGGUUCUUUCUCAAACCUUGUUUUCAACAAUAGUAAGUAUGGAUUAGCCUUCCUCAAUGUGCCCGCCUAUCAUGUCGCCAUUUCCAAUUGCAAAUUUAUCAAUUGCUAUAAGGCUAUUUCCAUGUUGUGGGAAAUAAGUCAGGGUUUUUCUGUCAUCCGUCAAAAGUCUUCACUAGCUCGGCCACGAAGACAACAGCUUCGCGGUAUCAGUUAG